CUUGCUCGGGUCACCAUUUCGUGCGGUUCUGGUAAUCGUACUGUCACACCAAGAGUAGUCGAAAGUUCAGUUCAUCAUGAUCACGAGGGCAGUUGUCUUACUGGCCGGCUUACUAGCCGUGGCCAGUGGAAUGGUUCGCGAAGCAUGGUUCGAGACCAGCGUCGACCACUUCAACCCACGCAAUCAGGAUAAGUUCGACAUGCGGUACUAUUCCAACGAUGAACACGCCUACGCCAAAGGACCGAUCUUCGUUAUCGUUGGAUCGAACGGACCCAUUGAAACCCGUUAUCUGAGCGAGGGUCUGUUCUACGACAUCGCCUACCUGGAAGGAGCUUACAUCUUCGCCAACGAGCACCGUUACUUCGGCCACAGUUUGCCAGUUGCUGAUGCCACUUCGGAGAAAAUGGAUUUCCUGACCGUCGAUCAGGCUCUGGCUGAUUUGGCUGCCUGGAUCCACCACCUGAAACAUGAUGUCGUUGGCAACCCCGAUGCCAAAGUCAUUCUGAUGGGCUACGGUUAUGGUGGUAGCUUGGCCACUUGGUUCCAUCAACAGUUCCCGCAUUUGACCAACGGUGUUUGGGCAUCCAGUGGCCCCAUGGAAGCUGAAUUUGACCUGGCCGGUUACAUGGAAUCUCUGGGAGAGACCAUUGGCGAAUUUGGUGGACGUGACUGCUAUGGUACCAUCUUCUCCGGUUUCCGCGUUGUUCAGAACAUGAUCACUUUGGAUCGCACCGAUCUGCUGACCGAGCUGUUUGACCUGUGUUCGGCUGUAGACACUGACAAUCGCCUAGAUACUACUGCCUUCCUGUUGGGACUUCAACGCGACAUCGAAGAUGAAAUAAUGCACCUUCGCCACACGCAAUCGACUACCGAGAUGUGCGAAGUUAUCGAAAAUACUGACGAUGAUAUCGAAAACAGUCUUCUUGCCCUGAGCAAUUGGUUCCUACGUGAGCACCAAUUUGAGGAAUGCGUCGAUCUUGGCUUCAAUCACUUCAUGGCUCCCUACUUGGAAACUGAUUUCGAUGCAGACUAUCUGCAGAAAGGAUACCGCCAGCGUCUGUAUCUGCAGUGCACCGCAACUGGAUUCUUUGCCACUACCGAAUCGUUCUACCAACCCUUCGGCGAUCAGAUCGAUAAUGACUUCUACGUAGAAGUGUGCCGUCACGCUUUCGGAGACUGGAUCAACGAAGAAAUCAUCCGCAAUCAGGUCGAUCGUACGAAUGUUCGCUUCGGUGGUAAGCAACCGGAGGUCGUCAAUGUCCACUUUACCCACGGAGACAUCGAUCCGAUGAUGGUGACCGGAAUCGUGGAAGAUUUGAACAAAGAAGCAGUGGCCACCGUGGUGCCGAAUGCGUUCCACGCUCCGGAUCUGGAGUCGAUCGACUAUAUGUACGACUCGCCCGAGCUUAUCGCUGCCAAGGAAACCACUCGUAAUCUGAUCGAUUCGUGGAUCUUCUUGGAUUUCGAUCCAAUCCAUGAGGUUUAGUUUUUUUAAGAUUAUAAUGUUUGGUCAUUCGUUAAAUAAACGUGUGUUUAAGAUUUCUUAAUG